GGGCAGGAGCUUGCGGGCAAUUCAUUCACGGGAACCACUGUACAGGCCGUAACUCUGGCAGCUCUCAUCGCUUGCGAUGCUUGGCGGCGUGAUGCAAGCGACACAGGCGGUUCUCCACCCAUGGCUUUCAGUGAUCGUGUGCCACCCCGGCGGUUGCGCCAGAAAACGCCCUCGAGCCUGGCCUUUGCUCCAGUUGCUGCGAAGGUGCGACAACUGGCCAACAAGAAGAAGAAGAAACAUGAUCCCUCCAAGGAAGAUACCGAGAGAGACACCUACGGCAAGGGCAAGCACGCGAUGGCCUCAAUUUGGGAUAAAGAGAUGAUUUGCCAAGCGCACGAGGCUGCCGUGAAGAAGGGCGUGAAAAAGAUGUGUGCCCACAUGGAGGGCCUCAAGUUGACGGGAUACUUCCGUGGCUGCUUCUGUGGCUCCAAGUGGGGCAAGGCGCGGAAAGAGCAGAACUGGACGCUCUUGUGCAAAACGGCUCCUGCGAUCUGCAAGCGGUUCAAGGAGUUGCCGAACAGCGUGCGGCGCAUCCUGAACAUGUCGCACUUAAAGAAUGAGUGGGGCUACACCCAGAAGGCGGACAGCGUGCAUAUCCCGUACCCGCUGCAGGUUUGCAUUGAAGAUAUGGUGAUGGAGCGCAUCGUGCUUGGUGAGGAGGUCACCAUGCAGUUUGUGGCCAACACAAUGUCCUUUGCCAUCGACCUCUGGAACGAAUCUGUAGGCACCAUGCAGUCCUUUGCCAUCGACCUCUGGAACGAAUCUGUAGGCACCAUGCAGAAUUUGUUCUAUGAGAAGAGCCUGGAGAUGCUGCAACAGCAAGAUGCAAACUUUGCCAACCUCAGUGAGGAUGAUGUGGACAAAGCUAUCAAUUCCAUGACGGAUGCUGCCAUGCAGAUGCUGAAGCCGAUUUGCAUAUGCCCAGGAGAUGCAUCGGUGAAGAAACGAGCCCAGCGCUUGUGCAAUCAGUUCGGCAUCAAGCCACGAAGCAACGAAAAGCCAGGUCUGGUCGACGAAUUACAGACCACAAAAGAAGACCCUGCAGAAGCCUGCUUCAUGGAGGAACCGCACAACCUGGAAAGAUCGUUGGACCUUCCACUCACAGAAGAUGACCCAUCAGCACCACAAGUCAAGACCACUGCCAGCGUGCCGCAAGUCACUGGCUUGGCCGCAGCCAGAGGAACGGUAGAUGAGUGGCGUGUUCCCCGCACAGUCACUACACUCUCCUUCAUCGACGGCUACGUGGGGCGUGCCUAUGUCACCGUGAGCGCGGGCACGGUAUCUGAGGCAGUCCGGGCCAGGGUGAACAAGGAGCUGAGCAAAUACAUCUACGUUGCGGACGUGCAACCUGGCUCGCACAUGUGGUCGGAGACGACAUUCAUGUAUUACCUUGACUUCCUGGCUGAAGAGGUGCGCAGUCGCAGGAGGCAGCUGGGCCUAACCGCGCGUGACAAGGCGUUGGUCAUGAUGGACCAAGCUGGGGCGCACAUUUCGAAGACCUAUCGAAAGCUCCAAAUGCAGUGGUGUGAGCGUCACAACAUCGAAGAAGAUGGGGAGAUGGAGCAUAUGCGCAUGCAUCAGAUUGAUGGUGAGACCUCGUACCAGUGGGCCAUCCAGCUGAACGAGGACGUCAGCAGCCGUCGCUUGCUCCCGGAAUACGUUGGCAAGAUUCUGGGGAUGAGGGUGUGCAAGUUUGCCCAAGAGCAUGCCAGCUGGGAGGGGGCCAUCCGCAAGCGUGCUGAGAUGGGCAAGCCGCUUACCAACACCCAGCAGGUCAGGCACACCGUUUUUCUAGCAAGCGCGCAGGAGAAGCUGAUUUUCUGCAAGCGACGGAAACGCCUGAUCUGCGACGCAAAGCAAGUCAACAAGGAGUGUUUUGCCUUGGAGCUCAACCUGAGCGAUGAUGCCACCAAGCUGACACUUGCACCGGUGAGGGGAACUGCACACAGGCUCGUGCUGCUCAAGGCCGGCACUAUGGAUGCCGCCGCGUUGAUUCCUUCCGAGUUGGACAGGCCGGUUCCUGGAGAUAUCGUUCCCGAUGACCAAUCAGAUGGCGACGUGGAGAACGAGGGGGAGCCGCUGGGUGAAGACCAGAUCCGCGACUAUGCGGAUCAGAUGCACCAGUUCAACAACCCGGCUGAUGCAAUUGAGGAGGAGGCCGGUGUCGACGUCUUGGCAGACAGCGAUGACGACCUGGAAGCACUUGGCCUGAGCCAUGCAACGUCUGAGAAAGAAGCCUGCCUAGUUGCGAUCAGGGCUGUGUUGCAAGCGCAUGUGGCAGCGCAUCGGAAGGACGCUGUCUGGCGGAAACAGCUGGACAAGGUGCUGGGCUACAAUUCGUGGGAGUGCCUGGGCCAUGACCCGGAGUGCCGGGUCAUGGCCAGAUUCCACGAGUAUGUGCUGCCGGGAGAUGCGAAGGAGUACUUUGAGUACACCCCCGGGGUCCUGCGGGCUUUCGUAAAACCCGCGCACCUGGACUCGCUCACCUUCACUCUGCAGCCCGUCUUGGAGCGGAAGAUGGGGGUGAAGUACAUCUGGGGCGAGGUCAAGGAGCUGGACGGCGACAAGAAGACGGCCAGCAUCAAGGCCAUAUGCUACCAGCGAGUGGACGAGAUCGGGUUCGACUACUGCAUCAUUUGCUCCGGGUGCAACUUUGGGCCCUUCAAACCCAUGGGCGAGGCCUUGUGGUUUCCAACCGUCCACGAGGACGCACGGGCCGUCAGCGAUUGGAAGCACAUCGACGAGCGAUUCCUGGAGGGCCGACGAAGGCACGUGCUGGAGGAGUACUACAAGCUCCAGGACCUGAACCGGAAGAAGUCCACGGUGCUGGUGGUGGGCGCCGGCUUCAUCGGGGUGGAGUGGGCCACCGAGCUGGAGCACUACUUUCCGGACCUGAAGUUGACGAUCAUCGACUUCCUGCCCCGAUGCUUGGGCCCUUUGCCCGACAGCGCGGCGGAGUACUGCUCGGAGUACAUGACCUCUUGCGGCAUCAAGGAGUUCUACGGGUGCAAGUACGACCCCAAGAGCCCGGACUUCUGGAAGUCCAUCGAGCUGCCGAAAGGGGCGGAUGAGACCUACGUCUGCAUCGGGGUGAAGGCGUCCAACUACUUCAUGCCCAAGUGCACCCUGUCUGACAAGGGCCCAGGCGGAGGCGGCUGGAUUCACUUCAACAAGUACUUGCAGGUCACCAAGAAGCCUUCUGAAGGAGGAGGCGUCUGGGCGGACGGCACCAUCUUCGCGGUCGGGGACUGCAACUACGGGUGCAUCGGCGAGCCUGGGGCCUGGGAGAUGCCCCCCGUGCCGAAGAUCUCCUACCCGGGGGAGGAGCAGGCGUACCACGCGUGCCUGAACGUGAUGAAGCUGGCGGCGAACAACCAGAAGCUGCUGCCCACCUGGUGGCCCUGGGGUGCGGGGAUGUUCGCCACCAGCCUGGGGCCCCACGACGCCUGCUUCGUCAUGGCCGCCAACGAGAACAAGGGCUCGGGGUACAUGGUGAAUUGGUGGAUGCCCGCGGCCAUUCAGAAGGAGAUCAUCGAGUCCAGCAAGGUGAACGAGUGCAAGGAUUGCUGGCCCGGCAUUUUGAUUUGGCACUUUGUGCACCAUAUGCCCGUGAAUUUUUGGGGCCGCGGCCCGUGGUUCGUAUGAACCUUUUAGCCCCCUGCCCGUUUUUACAGGCGACGGAAUGGCGGGCGGGAUGUCAUGUGACGUCCGUUUUCCCCCUCUCUUGCGCGUAAUUCGCCCUUUUGCCCUCUGGACUCCAAGCCCACGCCACAAAGGCGCGGAGAAGUUCGGUGAGACCUUGUUGCGAGCGUCUCAGAUGUGCCAAAAGGCAUUGGCCUAGUGCAAGGCUCGGAGUCCUCUCGAUUUUCCCAGGCGGCGUCAGGUUGCUAAGCUUCCGCGCCCAGUUGAAACCGUGCACUUGCACCCAGGGCGUUG